CAACGUUGGGACAGUGAACAUUUUAGGGAAAAGUUUGAACAGUGCAUGAUGUCCAUGGGUGCAAUCUUGGUUGAGUACCAAGAUGAUAACUGAUAACUGUACAGACCAGUGUCAUUUGAUUUCUUGACUGAGAGAAACAUGUUUUCUGUGUUGAGUCGGCUAAUUGGUCAUCUGUUACAAAGUCAGGACAAUGAUGACGAUGACAGAGAGAGCCCAAGUCUUGAAGCCAGUGGUAAUCAGUUGCCAUGGUUACUCGAUAUUGACAGCACGGACACUGGCAGCUGUAAGACCCGUUGUUUUGAGGGCACUGUCACCCACGUUUUCAGCGGGCAGGGUCUGAUCGACGGAGAAAUAUAUUUUAGCUUCAGUGCUCUGUCUGCAGGCAAAAGCGAGCCCAAAGUUGGUGAUGUUGUUUACAUUGUUGCUAAGCAGCAGCACGAGAAUGGUGGUUGGCAUGCAGAAUCGGUGACGAUAACCUCAAAAGGGUGGGAAGACGAGGAGGAUUCUAGCGCCGAUGAGAAGAAAACUGCUUUUAUUGGAAAAGUCACGCACGUUGGAGAGGAAACUGGAUUGAUCAACCACAACAUCGAAUUCGACGUUGAUGACUGCCUCAACGGAUACACACCUCACAGAGGUGACUGGGUGACAGCUCGGUUCGAGGGGGACUUACAAGAAGAAGAAACUGGAAACAAUGGAGGAGGAGAAGAUGAUGAUAAUAAGAGGUACGCUGUGGAUGUUGAACCACUGCGAUCGUGGACCUUCGAGGGAGUGAUCUCAGCGGCGAUGGAGGACCACGGGUAUAUCGACGGAGAAGUCUACUACGAACAGUCGGCAUGUUUGAACGGGUACCGGCCGAGCAAGCGAAACUUCGUCAAAGUGACAGCCAUUGAAAGUCAUCAGGGCAAAUUGUCCUGGAGAGCUGUCAGUAUAGUACCACUGUCCACUAACAGAGUGCCUAACUAUGGUCAGUCGAAAACAUUGCAGUAUCAGCAGGGCAGUGGUUGGCUUAUACCAGGACAGAAACCCAAAAUGUUUGCCGCUAAAGUGAAAUUACCACAGCAUUUACCCCAGUACCCUGUCAGCAGCCAUCUGAGGAACUGUGUUUUGGACCAAGAGGAGCUAACACAGAUAGCACCCUACCUGGCAGAGAAUCUUUGCUUGGCUAACUACAUCCAGCGUUUCUCCACAUUGCUACAUCUUGAAGAAAUCCAACAAGACAUCAACAUCCAGGAAUUUGAUAUGAACCGGGUGUGUCUGAGACCGUGCGGUCAAUACUUGGCCCUGCUUGUUCCGGGUCUGGCCGAGGGUCGACCGUCCGUCAUGAUGGGUGACAAAAUUCUUCUCUCAUGUCCAGUUGACCCGGGCGGUCCCAGAUACGAGGGGUUCGUUCAUGAGGUGACUACCAAUGAGGUGCUGCUCAAGUUUAACGCUGACUUUCACUCUCGCUACAAUGGAGAGGACUACAAUGUACAGUUUACAUCGACCAGGACUCCUCUUCGAAGAUGUCAUCAGGCUGUCAGACUAGCUGUUCAACACUUAAAAGAUACUGUUUUAUUUCCAUUAUCACUGAAUAUUAAACCACCUCAGUUAGAGCUGAAGCCAGCAAGUGGUGGUAUGAAUGUUGUCAAACUUCCAAAUUACAAAACAGCAACACAAAAGCAAAACAAAAAGCUCUCUGCUAGUUGUGGCCAGACUAAUGAUUCGAGUGAUAGAAACUCGUCAGAUUCACAGAGCAGUGAGGCCGUCUCGGGUCAGACGUCUGGGAGUCGAUACAUCUCGGGGGUCAACACCUGGGUUCAGGAUCGCAUUCCAUUUAUCAAUCAGUGUCUGAACGAUCGACAGAAAAUGGCCGUCAUAAAGAUUCUUCUGGGACAGAGUCGACCUCUGCCAUAUGUGAUCUUUGGUCCACCAGGAACAGGUAAAACAAUAACAGUGGUGGAGUCUAUUUUACAAGUGUUCACACAGUUGCCUUCUAGUCGUAUUCUUGCAAGCACACCCUCGAACAGUGCUGCCGAUUUACUGGCUGAGAGGCUGGUUCAGAGUGGAUUAGUGAAGACAUCCGAUAUGGUUCGACUCAACGCCUUUCAGAGAUCCGGAGAGAGUAUUCCUGAAAGUGUUGAAUGUUAUUGCUGUGAUGGCACCGACCUGGCACUGACGUCGAAAUACCGCAUUGUGGUUUGUACGUGUGUCACUGCUGGAUCCUUUUUGGCUCUCGGGUUGACUGCGGGAUACUUCACACACGUCUUUGUGGACGAGUGUGGUCAAGCUACGGAGCCAGAGUGUCUGAUUCCACUGGGUUUGGUUGCUGGUGCCGAUGGUCAGAUCAUUCUUGCUGGAGACCCGCGCCAGCUGGGACCAGUGUUGAUGUCGACAUAUGCCAAGAUGUAUGGUUUAGAUCUGUCGUUUCUGGAGCGCAUCAUGACUUGUCCGCCGUACACGAGAAACCCUUCUGCUUUUGCUGACAAUGGUGGAUUUGAUUCAUUAGUGGUUACGAUGUUAGCGGACAACUACCGAUCCCAUCCGGCCAUUCUGGCUCUGCCGUCGAAGCUCUUCUAUUACAGCGAGCUGAAGGAGUGUGCCGACCCCAGUCUCACUCACAGAUUCUGUGGCUGGCAUAAAUUGCCCAGAAAAGACUUCCCCAUCAUUUUCCAUGGAGUAAAGGGUGAAGAUGUCCGAGAUGGUGGAAGUCCAUCGUGGUAUAAUCCAAUGGAAACCGUUCUGGUCGUCCAGUACCUCCAGGCCCUGUUAGAACACGGACCGUUUCACCUAGAUACAGACAACAUUGGCAUCAUAACCCCAUACAGAAAACAGGUUGAGAAAAUACGCCUUCUGAUUGACAAGCUCAAUGUACCAAGGGUCAAGGUCGGGUCGGUGGAGGAAUUUCAAGGACAAGAACGUCUCGUUAUCAUCAUUUCUACAGUUCGCUCGUCCCCCAAGCUGAUGGGGUUCGACCUGCGUCACACUCUGGGUUUCCUCUCCAAUGCCAAGCGCUUCAACGUGUCCAUCACACGAGCUCAGGCUCUUCUGCUCGUUAUUGGAGAUCCACACACACUGGCUCAGGAUACAUACUGGAUGGAAUUGAUAAAAUACUGUGCUGACAAUGGUGCCUACGUAGGCUGCGAUUUACCCACAUUGGAAAAAGAAAAGAGUGAGGAGGACUGCAAGAACAGUACAGAACAGGACGCUUCAUGUAGACAAACUGAUGACGAAAAGUCAAAUAUGGUGAAAAACAAGCAUCCCCAUGUCUCCGAUGCUAGUGAAAAUAUGAACCACCUGUCGAAUCCUGGUGAUGCUGGGAAUACAGAAAACGAUGAAAAGCAGAACACAGCAAAAGAUCAUCAUACAACUGUACUAAAUACUGGUGAAAAUAUGAACAGCUUGUCAAGUCCUGGUUAUGUUGGGAAUACAGAAAGUGAUGAAAAGCAGAACACAGCAGAAGAUCAUCAUACAGCUGUACUAAACACUGGUGAAAAUAUGAACAGCUUGUUAAAUUCUGUGCCCAAUACUGGUGGUAAUACAGACAGCUUGUUGUGUUCUGGAGACCACGUGAAUACAGAAAAUUAUAACACUUUACACACUUCAGCCACUGAGCAUGGGAAUGGCGCAGGAAUAGAAGGUUUGGAUCUCUUAAAUAACGACGUUUUAAAUAAAAUCCGACAAGCCAGUGUUCUAGAAGCCAAGCUGAGAGGCGAGAGUUUCAGUGUGACGAAUUCAGGUGAUGGCAGCAUGGGGGUUGUGUCAAAGGUUGAAUUGGAAGAUAUUUUGUCGCUUGGUUCGCUGAAUGGUGGAAGUCGUCGGGUACCGAGUGACGCAGUGUGGUGUUCAGACAUUGAACAUGUUUUACAGAAUGGCAGCAAUAGUUUUGAAAGUACUUGAGAUGCAAGAUAUGAUAAUGAGUGUACACAAACAUGCAUGCACAUAUGCAUAGACACAGACACAGACACACAUGAUCGAACAUGCACACACACAGACACAUAUAUACAUACACAGACAGAUAAAAAUACAGACACAUACACACAAAAUGGAAUAUGCACAUGGACUCAAACACACACACCACACAAAUAUGUGUAUCUCGCACACACGCACACCAUAUUUACCUAAGUGCACAUUGCAUCAUACACACAUGCAUACACACACACACACACACACACACACACACACACACACACAAACAUGCACAUACACACACACACAUGAACAUGCACGCACAAACACACGCACUCACAGCUCUUAGCAAACCAGCUAGUAGGAGAAGAAAAACUAUUGUCUGUGAUUAUUUGACUUUCUAAUAUUUACAUGAUUGUAUUAAUGAGCCAGUGUAAAUAAGGAAGUGGGCGUAUACAUCGGUGAUACAGCUUCUGAUCACAGUGCUAAGGGUUGAAGGAUCUAUUCACUUCAAUAGACUCAUGACAUUCUAAACGGUGCUCCACAGCUUGUACAUGUCCAUCAAUAGCCGUGCUGUGCAGAGCACAAUAGUCACACGAACCAUCCUGUUUGUGUGCUGGUUACGCAACUUCUGAUUGACAUGAACCAUCAGUUGGUUUACCGGUGAAUUAUUAUGUUCUGAAAUUUAAAGUUUGGUUUGUUUAACGACACUGCUAGAUACAUAAUUCAUUAAUCAUUGGCUGUUUAUCAAAAUUAAGUUUUCCACCCAAUAGCCAAUGUAUUUUUUCGUGCUGGGAAUUCGUUAAACAUCGAUUCUAUUUCUAAAAUUAAGAGCCACAAACUUAUUAGAAUCACCAUAUUUUAUUCAUGCAAUCCAGGGGCGGGACGUAGGCCAGUGGUACAGCGCUGAUCCCCAUCGGUGGGCCCAUUGGGUUACCUGCAUUUCUCGUUCCAGCCAGUGCGCCACGACUGGUAUAUCAAAGGCUGUGG